CUGCGAUCGUAUGCGCCGUCAUUGUGAUCAGUUGCGUGUUGGCGUUCCUGUCCAACGGGUGUGCCUUCCUUUUUCGCUCGCGUUCGCGAACCGUUGUAAGCAGUGUCCUUGCGCCAAGCAGGACAUUUGGGAUUGGAUUGUGUUGUGAAACUAUUUGUGCCUAAAUACCACUACAUACAUAUGCAUAUAUGUUGUAUAUAUGUAUAAAUAAAUAAGCUAAUUUACUGUCACAUACAAGCAUACACUUAAGGAUAUAUGUGGUGCUCAGCUACAAGGAUAACGCUUGUUAAGAAGUGUGCAUAAAUAUUGGAUUAACAAAAACAAAUAUUGCAAGAAAAUAAAACAAAAACAUAAAUUAAGUUAUGUGUACCAAAAACCUUUACAAGUGCAAUAAUUAAAAAUAUUAAAAUAUUAAUUUAAAAUAUAAUUUUUUUUUCACUAAAAAUUACCAUAAAGGCAAGUUGGAAAAAAGUUUUGGAAUCUCAGCACUUAAAUAAGAGUCAACAAAAUGGAUUUGUCGAGGCGGUUGCGUUCAACGGCCUUGAUAUUAUUCAUCGUACUCUACUGUGUUCAAUCCUCAUACUCCAGAUUCUAUGGAACGCGACAUAAAAGACAAUAUGGCGCUAAUAUGUACCUACCAGCGAGUUAUAUAGUGCCGGGCGGAGAGGGCGACGAUGCCGCCGAAUGGACUGAAUGGAGUUCACCAUCAGAGUGUUCACGCACGUGCGGAGGCGGUGUAUCGUUUCAAACACGCGAAUGCCGGCGAUUAGCACGCAAUGGUGCACCGAUCUGCAAAGGUGGCAAUCGCAAGUACUUCUCCUGUAAUACACAAGAUUGCCCCGACGAUGAGCCGGACUUUAGAUUACAGCAGUGUGUGCGCUUCAAUCGUGUACCUUUCGAUGGCGUCACCUAUGAUUGGGUGCCAUACACAAAUGCACCCAAUCCUUGCGAGUUGAAUUGUAUGCCGGUGGGCGAACGUUUCUACUAUCGCCAGAAAGCGAAAGUCAUCGAUGGCACACGUUGCAAUGAUCGCGAUCUCGAUGUUUGUGUGGAUGGUGUGUGCCAGCCGGUCGGUUGCGAUAUGAUGCUCGGCUCGAAUGCCAAGGAAGAUAAAUGCCGCAAAUGUGGUGGAGAUGGCAGCACGUGCCGCACCAUUUCGGACACCUUAACUGCCAAUAACUAUCCAGUCGGUUAUAAUGAUAUAAUACUCAUUCCGAGUGGUGCCACGAAUAUACGUGUACAGGAGACGGCGCCUUCCAGCAAUUACUUAGCCUGCCGCAACUCAACUGGUCACUACUAUUUGAACGGUAAUUUCCGUAUCGACUUUCCACGCCCUAUGUUCUAUGCUGGCUGUUGGUGGAUUUAUCAAAGAAAACCAACUGGCUUUGCCGCACCCGAUCAGCUGACUUGCAGUGGGCCCACAACGGAGUCCAUUACGAUAAUGAUGUUGGUACAAGACAAGAAUUUGAGCCUAACUUAUGAGUAUAGCAUACCAGAAGAAUUGAGUAAAUCAACACCUGUGGAAUACUCGUGGACACAUUCCGAGUUUGAGCCGUGUAGCGCUCCAUGUGGGGGUGGUACGCAAACGCGUAACGUAACCUGCACCAAUCGCAUGACGCUCGAAGAAGUUGAUCCCAACUUGUGUGAUGCCAGCGCUAAGCUACCCGAAGAGCAGGCAUGUAAUGAGCAGCCAUGUGCGCCCAGUUGGGUCGAAGGUGAAUGGGGUAAAUGCUCGAAAGGCUGCGGAGCUGAUGGCGUGCAAAACAGAACUGUUACCUGCGAACGCAUUUCGCCGAAUGGAACACAUACGACAGAAGAGGACUCUGUAUGUUUGGAGAAUGUGGGCAACAAGCCGGCUACAGAGCAAGAGUGCAAUAGAGAUGUGAAAAAUUGUCCGAAGUAUCACUUGGGUCCUUGGGCACCGUGCGACAAAUUAUGUGGAGAAGGCAAGCAAAAACGAAAGGUGACAUGUUAUAUUGAGGAGAAUGGGCGUAAGCGUGUACUUCCCGAAGAAGACUGCGUAGAGGAGAAGCCCCCAACAGAAAAAGAAUGCAUACUGACUCCUUGUGAGGGUGUGGAUUGGAUUUUAUCCGAAUGGAGUGGGUGUGAGGAAUGUGGACAAAAGACCGAAACACGUACUGCCGUUUGUGCUUCAAAAUCUGGUAAGAUUUAUCCAGAAGAAUUCUGUGCACCUGAAGUUCCAGCACUUUCACGUCCAUGCAAAUCGUCUAAGUGUACACCAAAAUGGUUCACUUCGGAAUGGAGUAAAUGCUCUGCGGCAUGUGGAAAAGGUGUGCAGUCACGUAUUGUAAUUUGUGGUGAAUUUGAUGGUAAAAGCAUUAAACCUGCUGAAGAGUCGAAAUGCGAUGCUUCUGCGAAACCGGAAUCGGAGCAAGAAUGCGAAGGUGAGGAAAAAGAAUGUCCUGGUCAAUGGUUUACUGGACCUUGGGAGCCUUGUAGUAAGCCAUGUGGUGGUGGAGAACGUACACGGGAAGUUUUUUGUUUAUCUAAUGGCACAAAGUCGCUCAACUGUGAUGAAUCAAAGAUAGAGUCUCUUUCUGAAAAAUGCAAUACACAAGCAUGUACGAAAGAUGAACUUAUUCCAGUUGAUAGCACUGCAUCACCUCUUACAGAAGAUGCCGAAGAAGAUGAUUGUGAGGAAGAUGAUGAGGAUGGGUUAGUUUCUAAGGAGGAUCUCAAAUUGGCAGAGGGUUUUGAGUUGGAUAAAGAAACAACUGCGCCAGUAUCCCUCUUAACCGACGAACUAAUGUUCAGUGAUUCACCAUACACUGAAGAAUCAAGCGAUAUUGCUUCAACAGACAUUCCAUCUACGACAGUGGAGGGCUCCGGCGAGGGAACUGAUAUUACAGAGGAUACUUCUCUUGUUAGUGAGGGCAGUGGAGAUGAGUUUAGUAGCACGGUUGGAGCUUCAGACACUACUGAAUCUGUUGGCUCUACUACCUCGCCCAUAUCUACUGAUUCUUCUGUUUCCACCGAGUCAUCGAUCUCUACCGAUUCUACAAAAUCCUCCGUGGAAGCAUCAGACAGCACCACUAUAUCUGCUUCAUCAUCCGAAACUACAGGUACAUCUGAAUCUUCCGUAUCGACUGAAUCUUCGAAAUCCUCAGAUACAACGGAUACCACCAUUGCCAGUUCAUCCUCCGAAACCACAGGUAUAUCUGAAUCUUCCGUAUCUACCGAAUCUACGGAGUUCUCAGAUACCACUGAUUCUUCAGAUACCACAGAUGUAUCUGAAUCUUCGGUAUCUACGGAAUCAUCAGUUUCCCCAGAGACCACUCAAUCUUCUGAAUCAAUAUCAACUGAUUCUUCGCUGUCUACAGAGACAACUGAAAUAUUGGGAUCAAGUGGUUCUACUGACAGUUCGGAAACAACAGAAACGCCUGAGUCCACCGAAUCUUCAGCGUCACCUGAGUCUACUCAAUCAACUGCUUCUGAAGGCACUGAUCAAACUAGCUCUAUCCAAUCUUCAGCCUUAACUGUUUCAGGAUCUACUGAGCCAACUGAAUCCACUGUUUCUGCGGAAACCACCGAAACGGCUGGUUCCACAGAGUCGACAGUUAGUUCUUCGUCAGAUUCAACUCAAUCAACAGAGUCCACCGAAUCUACAUCUACCGAUACAACUGAAUCAACAGUAUCUUCGUCCACUGAUUCAACUGAAUCAACCACCGAAGUUUCAACUGAAUCUUCAGUAUCCACAGAAUCAAUAUCGACGGACUCAACAGAGUCUACUGAAUCAAGCUCCGAAUUUUCCACUUUAUCAACGGACUCUACUGAGUCGUCAGUUUCAGUUGAUACUACUGGAUCACCGUUAUCAACAGAAUCAACCGGAAGCUCCUCUGAUAUCACUGGUACUACUGCUGAUGCUUCAAGUGAUUCCACGGUCACUCAAUCAACAGUGUCAACUGAGACCUCCGUAUCUACUGAAUCCGAAACAGGCUCUCCUGUCAGUAUAGAUUCAACGACCGGUUCUUCAGAUAGCACCGAUACAACCUCAGCAGCCACUUCAGAUGUCACCACUGAGUCCUCUGAAACCUCAAUUAGUUCUGAGGCUACUACAUCAUCAGAUUCCUCUGAUACAACAGAAAUAUCUGAAUCAAGCACUGAUGUCUCCUCCACUACGGACUCUGGAAUAUCGGACACUACAGCUGACAGCAGUGGCUCAACAGAGAGUGAAACUACUGAAGUUUCGGGAUCUACAGAUAUGUCAGAAUCAACAGCAUUAGGUUCGACAGAGGAGAGUACAACUGGUGGAUCAACAGAAUCAACCACUGAAGGUGUGUCAGUGGAGUCAACCUCAGACAUUGGUACUACUGCAGGAUCUACGUCAAGUACCGAGGCAGGCGAAAGCACAGAAUCUUCUUCUUCAUCAGAAACAACCGAAAGUGUAUCAACAGGAAGCACAGAAACCACUGAAAGUGGGCCUACUGAAAGUACUGAGACAACUGAAAGCGGAGCUACUGAUUCCACUUUUGAGGGAUCAACGGUUGACAUUUGGUCAACUACAGAUGAAGAUGAAGAGAGCACACCUAACACGCUUGAAGCCCUUAUCACCAAGGCUCCUAAGCAGAAAAAAUGUAAGGCCAAGAAAGAUUGCAAAAAAGCAACUUAUGGAUGCUGCCCUGACAAAAAGACACCUGCCAAAGGACCAUUUGAUAAAGGUUGUGCGAUUGUCAAAACUUGUGCGGAGACUAAAUAUGGUUGCUGCUCAGAUGGAGUCUCACCUGCUGAGGGUGAAAACAAUGAGGGCUGUCCACAAUCUCAGUGUGCGGAAACACUAUUCGGAUGUUGUCCAGACAAUUUCACACCAGCAGAGGGAGAGGAUGCUGAAGGAUGUCCCGAAACUACGACGGCGCCACCAACAACAACUGUGGAGUUGGUUACUGAGGGAUCAGGAGAAACAACUGAUACACCAGAGAGCACAAUAUCAACUGAAACGCCAGAAACUACUGAAACACCAGAAAGCACGGAAACACCAGAGAGCACAGAAACUCCAGAAAGCACAGAAAUCCCUGAAAGCACAACUGAAAGCAAAGUGGUUAAAUCAUGUUCCUUCGGUGAAUUUGGCUGCUGUCCCGACGGCACGACCGAAGCUAAAGGAAAAGACUUUGAGGGUUGUGAAUCAGCAGCGCCAACUGCCAGAAACUGUAGAGAUACAGAAUAUGGCUGUUGUCCCGAUGGUCUCACUGCUGCCACUGGGCCUGAUUAUGCAGGCUGUGCGCCUUGCACACGUGAGCCUUACGGUUGCUGCCCCGAUAACCAGACACCUGCGCAUGGACCACUUGGCGAAGGCUGCUGUCUGAAUACGGUCUACGGUUGUUGCCCGGAUAAUAUUAACGCUGCACGCGGACCUAACUUUGAGGAUUGCGAUUGCAAAUAUACUCCAUAUGGAUGUUGUGACGAUCAGAAAACAGCGUCACGUGGACCAAAUAAGGAAGGCUGCGGUUGUGAAAAUUCAACACAUGGCUGCUGCCCAGAUAAAAUUACACCUGCUAAUGGACCUAAAUUUGAGGGCUGUGCAUGCCACACGCUACAGUUCGGCUGUUGUCCCGAUGGUAUCACAAUUGCACAAGGACCCCAUCACUACGGUUGCCACUGUUCACAAACCGAGUUCAAGUGCUGUCCUGAUGAAAAAACUCCAGCCAAGGGACCGGACGGUGAGGGUUGUACCUGCUUGGAGAGCAAAUACGGCUGUUGUCCGGACGGUAUUGCUGCGGCGGAGGGUGACAAAUUCGAAGGUUGUGCAUCGGUUCAAGAACCACCACAAAAGGCAUGCGGACUGCCGAAAGCAACCGGUCCUUGCGGUAACUUCAGCAUCAAAUACUUCUUCGAUACAUCGUAUGGCGCAUGCGCACGCUUCUGGUAUGGUGGCUGUGAAGGCAACGAUAACAGAUUCGAAACCGAGUCGGACUGUAAGUCUACCUGUCAAGAGUAUACCGGCAAAGAAGCCUGCUUCCUGCCAAAGAGUUCCGGCCCAUGCACUGGCUACAAUAAGAAAUGGUACUUUGACACCGACCGCAAUCGUUGUGAAGAAUUCAACUACGGUGGCUGCUAUGGCACUUCAAAUCGUUUCGAUAGCUUGGCCGAAUGUCAAGCACUCUGCGCCGUUGAUGAGACCACUCCGCCUUGCGAUCAACCCAUGGAGGCUGGACCCUGUGAGGGCAACUUCGAACGUUGGUUCUACGACAAUCAGACGGACGUGUGCCGUCCAUUCAACUACGGUGGUUGCAAGGGCAAUAAGAACAACUACCCAACUGAGCAUGCGUGCAACUACCACUGCCGUCAGCCGGGCGUGCAUAAAGACUAUUGCUCGCUUCCUAAGCAAACCGGUGAUUGCAGUGAACAACAUGCGCGCUGGCAUUACUCGGAUGUGGACAAGCGGUGCAUGCCAUUCUACUACACAGGUUGUGGCGGCAACAAAAACAAUUUCCCAACCCAGGAAUCUUGCGAGGAUCAUUGCCCCAAGGAAGUUGUCAAGGAUGUUUGCGAAAUACCAGCCGAGGUUGGCGCUUGUACCGAUUACACUUCCAUGUGGUACUACGACACCAAAGAAGAGCGCUGUCGUCAGUUCUACUAUGGCGGUUGUGGUGGAAAUGACAACAAGUUCGCCACAGAAGAAGCAUGUCUGCAACGCUGCGAAAAGAAACCAGAACCGGAACCGGAACCUCCACGUGAGCCUGAGCCAGAGCCCGCACCGGCACCUGCACCAGCGCCAAGUUCGCGAGAAGCCUGUCAGCUUGAUAGGGAUCCGGGCGAUUGCAGAUCUUACGUAUCUCAAUGGUUCUUUGAUAGAGAGACGCAGCAAUGCCGUAAUUUCUAUUAUGGCGGUUGUGGCGGCAACGCGAAUCGCUUCAAUACGCUGGAGGAAUGUAAUCAAUUGUGUGGCGAUCAGCCACCUGCUCCUGCUCCAGCCCCAGCCCCAGUUGGACCACCGGCUGCGAGCACGGAUAUUUGUGAUAUGCCUGCCGAUCAAGGCGAUUGUGAUACCUAUGCGAUUAAGUGGACUUAUGACAAUACUGAGGGACGUUGUAAGGAAUUCUUUUAUGGCGGUUGUGGUGGCAAUGAAAAUCGCUUUGAAACCGAAGCAGCUUGCACGGAUCGUUGCUUGAGUCCGGUAAAUAAUAUUACCGUACGCUUUGGCGCCGAUGAAGAAGCGCCAGUAGUAGCACCAGCACCAGCACCCGACUCUGCCGAAGAUAAUACUUGUACGUUGCCGGCAUAUUAUGGCAGUUGCGCCGAUAACAAUCAGACUCGUUGGUACUACAACUAUGCGGAUGGCCUGUGUGAUGAGUUCUUGUACGGUGGUUGCGGUGGCAAUCAAAAUAACUUUAAUAGCGAAGAAGAAUGCCAGGAUCGCUGCUUCGAUCAGCAUCCCACAUGCUCAUUGCCACCAACGGCCGGUAGAUGUACGGAGCGUCUCAUACGCUGGUAUUAUGAUGAGCGCAAUAAGCGUUGCUAUGAAUUCGAGUUCACCGGCUGCCGCGGCAACAGAAACAACUUCGUUACGGAACGUGAAUGUCUGCUGUGGUGCGGUAAUGAGUCGCCGCAACAACCAGAGCCAUCAGCGCCCGAGUCUUACUCAGUGUGCGAUUUACCUGUGGAGGCUGGGGAUUGUGAAAACGGCACUGUGGCUUGGUUCUACAACAGUGAUUCUAUGGCAUGUACGGCCUUUACAUACUCGGGUUGCGGUGGCAAUGGCAAUCGUUUUGAGUCCAAGGAGCAGUGCGAUCGCCAAUGUGGUGAAUUCAAGGGAGUGGAUGUGUGCAAUGAACCAGUUGAUGCUGGUCCAUGCUAUCAGUGGGAGGCACGUUACUAUUACAAUAAGGCAACGCGUACUUGUGAACGCUUCAGCUUUGGCGGUUGUGAGGGUACUGGCAAUCGUUUCACGCAACGUUCAGAGUGCGAAUCGGUUUGCAUUUUAGGUCAGGAGCCGAAGACGUUAGCUCCCAAAGAUAUUUGCAAGCUGCCGGCACAGAUUGGAAGAUGUAAUGAUACAAGAGCGCAAGAGCGUCGUUUCUUCUAUGAUGAUGAGCGCGGCAACUGCAUGCCCUUCAUUUAUUCAGGUUGCGCUGGCAAUCAAAAUAACUUCCGCUCAUACGAAGCUUGCUAUGACUACUGUGCAACAACCGAAAGUCCAGUGGCGGCACCUAAAGAGACGGAAGUCUUACCGAACGAAUGCGAAACAUAUGAAAACGAGUGUCGCGCACAGCGUUGUCCCUUCGGCAUACGUCGCGUGCCAGUGGACAAUAGCGAUUGCACACGUUGCAUUUGCGAGAAUCCUUGCGAGAAUUACGAAUGUGCCGAAGGUCAGCAAUGCGCAGUCGAUGUGUCGAAUGAUGCUUCCAGACAAUUUGCACCUGUCUGCCGUGAGACUAACAAGCCGGGUGAGUGUCCAAGCCUCAGCCAACCGGAGGAUGAGAAUUGUGGUCGUGAGUGUUACACUGAUGCCGAUUGUCGCGAAGACAACAAGUGUUGUAGUAAUGGCUGUGGUUUUGUGUGUGUUCGUCCGACGCAGCCUACAUUACGUCCACGACCGCCAGUCACAGCCGCUCCACCUGUCAUCUAUCCAGGUGAGUCGCCGGUGGUUUUGGAACCCAAGAAACCACAGGAGGUCGAUGUACAAGCGGCUGUUGGUGGAAUUGCUGUCUUGCGUUGCUUCGCUACUGGCAGUCCACCACCGAAUGUUACCUGGUCGCGCAGUAAUGUCUUGAUCGAUACCAACCAAGGACGUUAUGUGUUGACCGCCGCUGGAGAUCUGACCAUUGUACAGGUGCGGCAGACGGACAGUGGCUCAUAUGUGUGUGUCGCCUCUAACGGACUGGGCGAUCCAGUGAGUCGUGAGGUGCAAUUGGCUGUAACAGCGCCACAAGAGAUACCCGCCUAUGUCUACGGCGAAAAGAAUGCAACACAACUUGUAAGCUUAAAUCGGCCGGCGCAAGUGCGUUGUCCAGCCGGUGGUUAUCCAGCGCCGCAUGUAAGCUGGUGGCGCGAUCGUAAACGUUUGGGUCUGAUAAGCGAUCGCUUCGAAUUGACACGUGAUUAUUCGUUGAUGUUCCGCUCCAUACAGUUGACCGAUCUGGGUCCGUACACUUGCGAAGUGUGGAAUGGUCUCGGUCGUCCAACCUCAAUGAAGGUUAUACUGAAAGCAGUCGGGCCGGCACGUGCCGUCACCAAUGCUGAAUCGCCAUAUCUGCAAUACAUAAUCGAUCCGGCACGUGCGCCGGUCACAAGACGACCCACGUAUCCAUAUCGACCACAACGUCCACCACAGCCGCCACCACCAGUUUAUGUCGAACCACCGCGCCGUCAACCAUUCGUCAACGCACAAGCUGUGCUAACACUGGACGCCAGAAACACAUACACACCAGGCGCCUCGAUCGCUAUGAAGUGCGCGGUGCAAGGUAUUCCCGUGCCGAGCGUAAUUUGGACGAAGGACUCGAUACCACUGUUGGCGAAUGAGCGCAUACAAAUCACAUCUGAGCCACACACUUUGGUGAUACACAAUACCACGUCCGAGGAUACCGGCAUGUACGGUUGUACGGCCAGGAAUUCCGCCAGUCAUAGUACGAGCGAAGAGCGAGUUACCAUUGAGUCUACGAUACCGAUCCAUCCCGAUUGUAUUGAUAAUCCAUAUUUCGCCAAUUGUAAACUAAUCGUCAGCGGUCAUUAUUGUCGUCACCAGUACUACGCCAAGUUCUGUUGCCGAUCAUGUACGCUGGCUGGCCAAAUCGCGUUCUCGCAUCCGAAUGCUUUAUAGACGAGACGGUUGGUUGUUUAGGCGAUUUACUUUGCGCUCGUUGUGCGUAGCGCUAUGAAAGCUGCCGUUUUUGAUACAGCGCUUAAGCUCAAAGCAAAAAUAUAAAAUUCCAAAAACCAAAAAAAAAAAAACAAAAAACAUAUAUAAAAAGUAAUGAAAAUAACAGUACUAUUAAUGUAUAAUCGACGCACAAAUUUAGUAACUAGUAUUUGCUGACGUAAAAUAUACUUAAAACAACAAAUUACACGCCACACUCUCUAAACUUAUAAGAACACACACACACACUCAUAUAAAUCUCUAAAAAGCUAACUCAGCUCGACUAAGACGAGCUGCGAGUUCUCAGCUACUUUAACCACACUUUCCUCCCAGCAGCUGCAAGCAAUCAGUAAUAAAACUCAAAUGAUUUUUUCUUAAAAAACGCACACUGUCACACAUACAUACGUCUACACGCAUACAAAGAAAAAAUGAAUAUUACAUAUAACGAAAAAAAUAGCUUUUACAUAUACAUACAUAUAUGUACAUAUGUAUGUAAUUAUAAAGUAUAAACUUAGUUUUUAAUUUGUUCCUAUUUAUUGUGCCAACCGAGGAUCAUUUGUGACGUCAUCCUUUUGCAAUACACAGAACUGCACGCUCACACGCACAACCGCACACAUAAACACAUGUACUAAUACUCAGAAAGAGAAAAAAUAAAGAAGCAAGCAAACGAACAAAUGGCUGAACUCAUAAAUAAAAUUAUGUGUUCGACCCAUUUGCCAUAAAUGUUAAUUUAAACGAUUUAUUUUUUGUAAUUGCAAAGUGCCUUACUUACGAUUUAUUAUUAUUGUAGAGAUUUGUGCAUUGAUUUUUAAGAAGUCCAAAUGAAAGUUAAUAAAAUUUUGUAAAUAAACUAAUGAUGUAAAAGAGAAUGAAAAAA